AUGACUCCCAUGGCCUUGAGAUUAAUUGCACUGCUGGUCCUCGCGACUCAGUCUCUAUCACAUACAUCCAACUACCAGACAGUCAACAUCUUUCACCAUAUCCCCUCUGACGUCGACCAAUGUAUCCGACCAUGUCUCUUCCGCCCCGACAACGCAAACGCAGACGUUGGCAGCGCUCUAAACUGCGGCGCACCAUACCGACGGGAAUGCUACUGCGCGACCGAUAGCGAUGACAUGAAAGCAGUGAGCAAGCACAUCGACAGCUGCGCACAGGCGAGUUGCUCAAAUGGGCAAGAGUCGCAGGAUGCCGAGACCAUGAGGCAUUACUAUGCUUCUUACUGUAUGGUGCAUAGCUACUCAGAGAUGGAGGAAUGGUAUACAGGUACCGUGGCGACAGACACAGCUACCCCAAGAGAUAUGUGGGGUUGGCCUGGGACAGGGACAAGAACGAGUAAUAUUCUUUUUCCUGACACGACGCGUCCAUCUUGGGCGAGACCGAGAACGUCAGAUGUUAUCCCUAGCGCGACAGAUCCAGCUCCAUCCGAUGACGAGGAUAAUGAUGGCGCAUGUUUGGCGAACUUCAAGCUACUGUAUGUGGGGAUGCCAGUACUCGUAGCUCUUUCUCAGUGGAUUUAA